CAUCAUUAUAUCUGUUUAAGAAAAUAAACGGAACAAAACAUUUUUUUCAUGUCCCUUCGUAGAUGUGAAAAGUAUCUCUUUGUUAGAAAGGAUUCUCACAUAGACAUUGGUUUUCUUUUGUUAUACGCAUAAGAUUCCUGUUGCUUUAUCUAUAAAGUGAACGUAUUCUUUUCCCUCUGAGUGGAGCAUUCUUUUCUUGGGAUGUUUGUCUAUUCUAUUUCUUUGUUUUGGUAGUUUAUUUUUGGAAAACCGAUCGAGAAUAUGGAAGGAAAUGGAAACUGAAGCAGCUUAAAUGAUAAGGGAACCAUAAUGACAGAAACAGGGGAGCACAUGCCAAUUUGCUCUGAAAUGGAGAAUAUAUUCAUGUUGGAACCUUAAGCUAGUGGCACGCCUUAUCUUUCUUUCUACUUUCUCUCAGUUAUUAAUUGUUUUUUGAUACAAGUUGCUCCUUAUAUAAUCUCUGUUGUCAGUCAAUAAAGUGUAGUUUGAGAAUGGCAUAGAUUUCCCAGCUACACAGUCAGACUUACAGAGUUUUUCUCUGGCUCAAAUUGCUUUCUACUUGCAGAAGCACGGUCUAAUCUGAGGCUUAAGAGUCUAUUUUCACAAGCACAGGACAUCCAAUGCCUCUUGGUCAAGAUGUUCAGACAUUUAGAGUCUUUGUAGCAACAUGGAAUGUAGGUGGGAAAUCUCCCCACAGUGGACUUAACCUGAACGAUAUUCUUCAUGCAGAUCAAUCAGAUAUAUAUAUCUUGGGUUUUCAGGAAAUUGUCCCUUUAAAUGCUGGGAAUGUCCUAGUCGUAGAAGAUAAUGAGCCUGCAGCAAAAUGGUUAGCUUUGAUCAAUCAGUCACUAAACAAAUCAUAUCAGGUGGCAUUGAGACCAUUAAAUCCCGUGGCCUCCCUUGGUGGUUCCUUGUUCUUCUCAAAAUAUUCCCUUAAAAAGCUUAGCAAGACUUUUAGGACGGAGAGCAGAAGGAGGCUGAAGACUUGCAACUGUACACCUGAUGUAGAAAGGAAGCAGAGUAAGGAUUUCUGUUUCCGUUACCAACAAUCACAUAUAAGCAAAGAUGACAUUUCAUUAGAAGAGGAUUAUGAUGUACCUAAUGAAAUUAACAUUGCGGAAUUCUCCAUUCCCUCGAGUACCAACCACAUGAACUACAGUCUAAUAGCCAGUAAGCAAAUGGUGGGAAUUUUUCUGACUGUUUGGGUGAGGAAUGAGCUUGUUCAGCAUAUAGGCCACUUGAGGAUCUCCUGCUUUUGUCGUGGAAUUAUGGGCCUGGGAAACAAGGGGUGUAUUUCUCUGAGUAUGCUAUUCCAUCAGACAAGCUUUUGCCUUGUCUGCUGUCACUUGGCAUCUGGAGAGAAGGAGGGGGAUGAGCUUAGAAGAAAUAUGGAUGUCAUUGAGAUACUGAAAAAUACUCAGUUUCCAAAGAUUUGCAAAUCGGCUCACAGUAGGGUGCCAGAUAAAAUCGUUGAACAUGAUCGGGUCAUUUGGUUAGGGGACUUGAAUUACCGAAUAGCAUUGAGCUACUCUGACACAAGAAAGCUCUUGGAGGAGAAUGCCUGGGAUGCACUUCUUAACAAAGAUCAGCUGAGAAUUGAAAGAGAAGCAGGGCGAGUAUUCGAGGGAUGGAAAGAGGGUAAGAUCUACUUUGCACCCACAUACAAGUACUCCUACAACUCAGACACCUAUGCUGGAGAGACAAAAAAUUCAGAAAAGAAAAGGAGAACUCCUGCUUGGUGUGACAGAAUACUGUGGCAUGGAACUGGGAUACGGCAACUUUCUUACAUACGUAGAGAGUCCAAGUUUUCUGAUCACCGGCCUGUUUGUGCAACAUUUUUGGUGGAUGUUGUUGUAUCAGGUGGAUUAAAGAAGGGAUCAGCAGGGUCUCACAUGAGAGUUGGGAUUCAAGAGCUUUUACCUCCAACUAGUAAAUAUGUUCGUUGAACAAGGUGUGAGUUCACGAACAAAUUAUUAGGAUUUUAGUUUCAAGUUGUGACUUUAAAAGAUUAGGUACCACAAUACAGAGAAAAAGCCUGGAGGCCCUAUAGGUAAAGAAAAAAUGUUGGUCUCUUUUAUGGGUUACAUGCAUUGUUUGUCAUAAAGCCCAUUGGAGAUCAGAAUUAUAAAGUAUGGUUAGUAAAUUUUCCAUCUUUGUUUUUGAGAAUAUUGCUUGGAUGUUUCUUACAUCCUCAGGAACUGAUGUACUUCAACACAGUAAUCACAAGUUUGAAGAAUAUUCCAGUUUUGUUGAUCUUAUGAGAUCAAUUAGGGAUAAAACAAAAUAGAGUUUGCGCGGAAUCAUUGUAAGUUGGGAAACUAAUACAGAGCACUUAGCAACAGCACAAGUGUAAAUAGCUCUUCAAUGAGAAACUUGUUUCUUGGGAGAUGUCGUACAGUAUAAUGUUCCCAGCAUUCAAGAUUGCAUCUGGUUAAUGUAUUUGUGUAUUAGUAACUCUGUAUUCUGAACCUUAAGGGGGAAUGAUUGGUGAGGCGAUUGUAUUCCA